UAUGCUUAAAACACUGGCAUCGUUAGGAAUAAAUAUGGAGUGAUUCAAACCAUUCUACCAAAUAUCUAGCAUUUAUAAACUUUACAUGUUUCAACAGUAUUUGAUGCAGCAUUCUAAGCAUUUGCGCGUGCAUUCUGCAAUUUAUCUCUUUACCUCUUUCCAUUUAUUUCUCUGAAGCAUUCACUGGUUUAUGGUAUGCUAACAUGUCAACUGACAUUUGUAAUUGUUUUGAGUUCUUUGGAUACAGGGGAGAUUAUGGCACGAAAUCCUGCACGAUCUACAGGUAUGAAAAGGAAAGGUUCUACUUCUUUGACAAAGAAAAGCACAUCUGAUUAUACAACAAAAAAGGAAGAUGUGCUCAUGGAUAUAGCUGCAAAGGGAGAGAACAACAUCGAUAAUGUUGACGAAUCAGUGGUGCGCAAAAGGCCAAAAAGAGCAGCUGCUUGUUCAAAUUUCAAGGAGCAAACUGUUAGACUAUCUGGAAUUUCCUCAGUAAUUGAAACUAAGAAAAAUCAAACAGUGGAAGAUGAGAUGGUAGCUGUGCAUCUCACAAAACUUGGUCCAGAAGAUCUUCCGCCAUGCAGAAAGCUUCUGGAUUUCAUUUUGCAUGAUGCUGAUGGAAACCCACAACCUUUUGAAAUGUCUGAAAUUGAUGAUAUAUUCAUCACUGCUCUCAUCAUGCCCUUGGAUGAUAAUUUGGAGAAAGAGAAGGAGAGAGGUGUUAAAUGUGAAGGCUUUGGGCGAAUUGAGACUUGGGCAAUUUCUGGUUACGAUGAGGGGAUUCCUGUAAUUUGGGUGUCCACGGAAUCAGCAGACUACGAAUGUGUGAAGCCAGCAAGCAAUUACAGAAAAUUUUAUGAGAAUUUCUACAAUAAGGCCCACAUUUGUAUUGAAGUUUAUAGAAAAUUAGCCAAAACUGCUGGUGGGAAUCCGAAUUUGAAUCUUGACGAAUUAGUUGCUGGUGUCAUUCGUUCCUUGAGUGGAACCAAGAACUUUGCAUGUGGGGUGAUCAGUAAAGAUUUUGUGAUCUCUGUUGGCGAAUUUGUAUACAACCAGUUAAUUGGAUUGGAUGAGACCCAAGGGAACAAUGACGUCAGCUUAGCCACAGUACCAGCUCUUCUUGCUCUAAGAGAUGAGUGCAUAAGUAGAUCAGAAUAUAGUCGGAUGCCGACAACUGUUUCAAAUGGAAGCUUGAAGAUCAUAGAAGGAAAGAAAUUGGAAGCUGAUGAAGAUGAUGAUAUGAAACUAGCACGAUUGUUGCAGGAGGAGGAAGAUUGGAAGUUUAUGAAGCAGCAGAGAGGACGUCGUUCAGUACCUUCUAAAAAUAGUACCUACAUCAAAAUCAGUGAAUCUGAAAUUGCCAACGAUUAUCCUAUGCCUGCAUAUUACAAACCUUCUGUUGAAGAAAUGGAUGAGUACAUCUUUUUUGAAACUGAGGCCAGAAUGUCUUAUCGUGACCUUCCAACAAGAGUUCUUACUAAUUGGGCACUUUACAAUUCUGACUCACGGCUUAUUCCUUUGGAGCUACUCCCGAUGAAGGCCUGUGCAGAAAUUGAUGUUACUGUUUUUGGAUCAGGAAAUAUGAGAGAGGAUGACGGGAGUGGAUUCUGUUCCGAGAAUGAUCAUAAUCAGUCUUCAGGGACAUCUGACUCCAUGGAUGAAGGAGUUCGAAUUUAUCUGAGUGCAAUUAAGGAAUGGGUAAUCGAAUUUGGGGCAUCAAUGAUCUUUGUUUCAAUCCGAACAGAUGUAGCAUGGUACAGACUUGGUAAACCAGCAAAGCAAUACGCUGCUUGGUAUGAACCAGUCCUCAAAACUGCAAGGCUUGCAGUUGGUAUCAUUACUUUGUUGAAAGAACAGAGCAGAGUCUCGAGACUUUCAUUUGCUGAUGUGAUUAAGAAAGUUUCAGAAUUUGAAAGGAAUCAUCCUGCUUUUAUUUCUUCAAACCCAUCAGUGGUAGAGAGAUAUGUUGUAGUACAUGGGCAAAUUAUUCUUCAACAAUUUGCCGAUUAUCCAGAUGAUACAAUCCAGAAAUGUUCUUUUAUCACUGGCCUUUCAGAGAAGAUGGAGCAGAAACAUCAUACAAAACUUGUAAUGAAGAAAAAGGCUGUAGUACACAAGGAAGCUAAUUUAAAUCCAAGUGCAUCCAUGUGUCCAAUAUCCAAAAGAAAACUGAUGCGGGCUACUACGACAAAGCUGGUCAAUAGGAUCUGGGGAGAUUUCUACUCGAAAAUGUUCCCUGAAGACAUGAAGGAUGAAGUUCAAGAAACAAGGGAAGAAGAAAUUGAGGAAGAGCAGGAAGAGAUUGAAGAGGAGGAAGUUGAAGAAGAGAACACAUUAUUUCAAGAGAAUGAGACUUCCAAGUCUCCUCCAUCUAUCAAGGCUUGUAAGCCCAAGACUAUUACGAAGGAGACAAGGUGGGAAGGUGAAGCAACAGGCAAAACAAAUUCUAGAGAAAAUCUUUAUAGGUCCGCAGUCAUUCGAGGAGAAACUGUUGUUGUAGGCAUGGCAGUCAUGGUAGAAACUGAUGAGACAGAAGAAGUACCACCAAUAUACUUUGUGGAAUUCAUGUUUGAAAAACCGAAUGGGACCAAAAUAGUGCAUGGAAGGCUCAUGCAGAGAGGAUCACAAACAGUUCUGGGAAAUGCUGCAAAAGAAAGGGAAUUAUUCUUGACCAACGACUGUUUGGAGUUUGAAUUAGGAGAUAUUAAAGAAUCUGUAGCACUUAAUAUCCGUAAGUUACCAUGGGGGCAUAAGCACAGAAAGGAGAAUCUUGAUGCUGAUAAUUUUGAGAGAAAAAAGGCAGAAGAGAGGAAAAAGAAGGGAUUGCCUGUCGAAUAUUACUGUAAAAGCUUAUAUUGCCCUGAGAGAGGUGCCUUCUUUAGCGCCCCUUUUGACUAUUUGGGCCUUGGAACUGGGGUCUGUAACUCUUGCGAACGGAGAGAGAUUAUAGAGGAUGACGUUAAGCUAUGCUCCAAGUCGAGUCUUAUUUACAAGAAGACUGAAUACAAUAUUCAUGACUUUGUAUAUGCCUGGCCGCAGUUUUUUGCUGAAGGGAGAGAGGAUGAACAAGGAACAUUUAAGGCUGGACGAAAUGUAGGACUCAAACCUUAUGUUGUGUGCCAGAUAUUGGAAAUCGUCCCACCUACUGGGUCAAACAAACCCACUCCAAGUUCUACAAGUGUCAAAGUUAGAAGAUUUUAUAGGCCGGAGGAUAUUUCUCCAGCAAAGGCAUACUGUUCGGAUAUUAGAGAAGUGUAUUAUAGCGAAGAGAUGCUAAGUCUGUCUGUUGAGAUGUUAGAAGGUAAGUGUGAAGUUCGAAAGAAAAUUGAACUUCCGGAUCUGGAGCUUCCUGUGGUUGUCAAUCAUAUUUUCUUUUGUGAAUAUUCUUAUGAUGCCGUCAGUGGAGCUGUUAAGCAGUUGCCUGCCAACUUCAAGCUUUUGUCUCAUAACCUGAAAGGAGCUCACACUGCCUUUAGAAGAAAUAAGGGAAAGGGAAAAUGUCUGGAGGGAGAACACAGUGAUGAUCAAUUGAAUGAUGUACCUCAAGAAAAUCGCUUGGCCACUCUAGACAUUUUUGCUGGUUGUGGGGGUCUAUCAGAGGGACUACAACAGGCUGGUGUUACAUUUACGAAAUGGGCAAUUGAAUAUGAACAGCCAGCUGGAGAAGCAUUCAGACAGAAUCAUCCCAGUGCACUAAUGUUUAUUGAUAAUUGCAAUGUGAUUCUAAGGGCUAUCAUGGAAAAGUGUGGGGAUGCAGAUGAUUGCAUCUCAACUGCUGAGGCUGAUGAAUUAGCAGCAAAGCUUGACAAAGAGAAGAUUAACAAUCUGCCAGUGCCAGGUCAAGUUGAUUUCAUCAAUGGAGGGCCUCCGUGUCAGGGAUUUUCAGGGAUGAACAGAUUCAAUCACAGCACUUGGAGUAAGGUUCAGUGCGAGAUGAUUUUAGCAUUUUUAUCUUUUGCUGAAUAUUUCCGGCCGCGCUACUUCCUUCUAGAGAAUGUCAGGAAUUUUGUUUCUUUCAACAAAGGGCAGACAUUUCGUUUGACUAUUGCUUCACUUCUGGAGAUGGGAUACCAGGUGAGAUUCGGGAUUUUGGAAGCUGGAGCUUAUGGUGUUUCUCAGUCAAGGAAAAGGGCUUUCAUUUGGGCUGCAUCUCCAGAAGAGACGCUUCCUGAAUGGCCUGAACCAAUGCACGUAUUUGCUGGUCCGGAGCUGAAAAUUUCUCUCAAUGAAGGUGUUCAUUAUGCUGCAGUUCGUAGUACUGCUGGGGGAGCGCCUUUUCGUCCAAUUACUGUAAGGGACACCAUUGGAGAUCUUCCGCCAGUUGAAAAUGGGGCAUCAAAACCUACCAUCGAUUACGAAGGUGAACCAGUGUCAUGGUUCCAGAAGCAAAUUCGAGGAAAUAUGUUGGCCUUGAAUGAUCACAUCUCAAAAGAAAUGAACGAGUUGAAUCUUAUUCGGUGCCAGCACAUCCCGAAGCGCCCAGGUUCUGAUUGGCGUGAUCUACCUGAUGAAAAGGUGAAAUUGUCAUCUGGGCAAAUGGUGGACCUGAUACCUUGGUGUCUACCAAACACAGCUAAGAGGCAUAAUCAAUGGAAGGGUUUGUUUGGAAGGUUAGAUUGGGAAGGAAACUUCCCAACAUCUAUCACUGAUCCUCAACCCAUGGGCAAAGUCGGAAUGUGCUUUCACCCUGACCAAGACAGGAUUCUGACAGUACGUGAGUGUGCUCGAUCACAGGGCUUCCGCGAUAGCUACCAAUUUUGUGGUAACAUUCAGAACAGGCACAGACAAAUUGGGAAUGCGGUGCCACCUCCACUGGCGUAUGCACUGGGGAGGAAACUGAAGGAAGCUGUUGAUGCGAAGCGUCCUUCAGCUUGACUGGUUUUUGUAUGUUAUAAGCGCGUAGACAUCGGAUAUACAUGCCAUCAGUUUAUAGAGUUGUAUCUUCAACUGUAGCAAGGAGGCAGCAACUGUGAAGUGGGGAAUAAGUUCUAAUCAUCAUGUAAUUUAAGUGAAGAUUUUGAAUGGAGCUAACGAGAAGUGGAAAUGUGAGCCUUGAGGGAAUUAAUAAUUGUAAUGACUAUUUUUAAUAUUUGAGGCAAAUGUCAAAAAACUCUAAUAAGGACCAUAUCGGUAGUUUUUUUAUUUACUUUA